AUGUCUUCUCACCUAUACGAUAUUUCGGAGGAUUCUGAUUCUUCUCAUGAUACAGACCUCUCCACUGAUGCCCGACUAGCAAGAACUGCAGAGAAAGAACUGCAGAGAAAGAACUGCAGAGAAAGUACUAGCGGAAGAGUCACUAGCAGAAAUUCAUUACAAAAUACUUCAACUGUGCGCUCCGUUGUAUUGACCUCUUCAAGCUUUGCGGAGCGAAUGGAAGCAGCCAAACUUCUUAAGGGCAAUCAACUUGUUGUGAUCGGCCGUGGAACUUGCGGAACGAUCUUCGAAAUUCCAGGAACUGAGACUGCCUACAAGAAAGGCAGCGUUAAAGAAUCUUUAUGGAAUGAUGUGAAUCUGACAAACACAGCAUGUCGCGCGGUGAUGGCAACCAAGGAUAUUCUCCAGGAAGUUUUCCCGGAAAUUUCAAUCCCUCGCGUCCCUGUUGUGACCGGAUGGGUUGGUGAGAAUCAGAUUAGCGAAUGGUGGCAAAAGAACAGCGCCAGAUUUCCGACUAAGGAUGCCAAAAGUGGCUACCUGUUCCAAAUACAACGAAUCUUACCCUUCCCCAAGUCCGCUCGGGAAGCUCUUAUCCGCCUCUAUUUUCCAAAAGAGCUGCAACGUUUCGCCCUGGAAGACCCCGAGAAUAAGCCAUACCUUGUACGGCCAUACCUUGGACAGAAACGAGGAGAGCAGGAAAUUUCCAAUCCCGCAAUCAGCCUACAAAACUAUCCACUCUAUCUUCUGACACGGCCCUAG